CCGCCUCCCGCCGCCAUUUCUGUUUCCAGCUCGGUCCCCAGGGAGCGGAACACCAACAAGGCAAAGGUUGAAGCGACAGGGACAGGGACUCGAUCCGCCGCGAUUUUUCCGAGCGUGAAGGACGGCACCCGGAGCGAGAGGAGUGAGAAGAGCAGAGACGACAGCUUUCGCGGGAGCUCCGACCCACCCGGUAGCACGCGCACAGCGGAGCGCCGACUCACGACUGACUCUGCCCCUUCCUUCGCCUAGGCGCGCCGCAGGCCGCCAUUUUUGACCACCAAGUAAGUCAGAGUGGUCUCUGGACUCGCUGGAGUGGAGAACAAAACGGCUACGCUGGUUGUAACAGGGACACACACACACACACACACACACAGUGACUGUGACACGUCUACUGACGAGCCGGGCCCGAGGCGCGACAUGCGUGUCUGAACACACGGGCUGUCCAGGACCGGCAGCAGGUCAGGUGUGACGACGUGCCCUUUGCUGCGCAGCUGCUUUGUCGCGGCGCUCAGCGUGGUCCGUGGACUCACAGAGAGAGAGAAAAAGAGAGAGAGAGAGUGAGACACCGUGACCGUCUCGGUCCCGCGGGAUCCCGUUCACGCCGCGGCUGCUUGAACAGGUGCUCCAUCGUGCUGUACAGACAGGUGUGGUCGCGUGAGCCCUGAGCCACGUCCGCCGGAAGUCGCCCGUCGAUUCGGGAUCAGGCAGGUGACACUGACUGACAGGCGACCGGCUCCGCUACUGAAGUCGCUCUUUUUGCCGUGGUCCUGACCUGCGCGACUUCAUCCGGUCUGUUCACCGCGGUAAGCAAGCAUCAUCAUGUCGUCGGCGCGGUUCGACUCCUCGGACCGCGCGAGCUGGUACUUCGGAGCUGUGUCGCGGCAAGAUGCGCAGAACCGGCUGCAGGGGCAGCGGCACGGCACGUUCCUGGUGCGCGACUCGUCCACGUGCCCCGGGGACUACGUGCUGUCGGUGUCGGAGAACUCCAAGGUGUCCCACUACAUCAUCAACUCGCUGCCCAGCAAGCGCUUCAAGAUCGGCGACCAGGAGUUCGAGAACCUGCCCGCGCUGCUCGAGUUCUACAAGAUCCACUACCUGGAUACGACUACGCUCAUAGAGCCCGCGCCACGGUACAUGAACCCAGCCCUGACCAGCAGCCCAGCAACAAUGCUGACCGGCCUGGACGAGAACCUGGAGUACGUGCGGACUCUGUACGACUUCACGGGCAGCGAUGCCGAGGACCUCCCCUUCAAGAAGGGCGAGAUCCUGAUUGUGCUGGACAAGCCAGAGGAGCAGUGGUGGAGCGCCCGCAACAAGGAGGGCCGUGUGGGCAUGAUACCUGUGCCCUACGUGGAGAGGUUGACACGUCCGGCUGCCCACCCAGGCUCUUUCCCCGUUGCUCGAAACUCCAACAGCUACGGCAUCCCUGAGCCCGCCCACGCUUAUGCCCAGCCCCAGACACCAUCACCCCUGCCGACUGGCCCUGGCCCCCUCCCCUCUACACAGAAUGGCCCCAUCAUGGCAAAGGCUAUCCAGAAGCGGGUGCCGUGUGCAUACGACAAGACAGCCCUGGCACUGGAGGUUGGAGACAUGGUCAAAGUGACAAGGAUGAACAUUAGCGGCCAGUGGGAAGGGGAGGUCAACGGCAGGAGAGGCCUAUUCCCCUUCACCCAUGUCAAAAUAAUUGACCCCCAGAAUCCAGAUGAGAGCGAAUGAGGAAGAUGACAGCCCCCUCCCCCCCACAUCCACCCAUCUUCAGCCUUACGUACCACUGUGGGGAACACACCUGUUUACAGUCAUGAAACUCACUGGUCAAGAGCUAUUGAAGUUUGCUCCACAUUGCUCCCAAACUCAGCCCCUCAAAGCUAUUCACUUGUUGCCUAGGAAGAGGUGUGUGCCCUGCCCCUUUCUACUUGCCUCCUCCCCCCAGGUGACGUGUUUGCAGUUGCUUGUCUUUUUGUCCCUCUCCUUGAGCUUUGGUAGGUCAUGUGACCAGACUGACUUUGUGAGGAAGAUGAGAUGGCACUGAUGCACACUGACUUAAAGGAGCCUGGGAUCAGCAGAAAUGUCACCCAAACCAAUCACUUACUCUUGUACCUUAGUAACUGUACAGCACAACCAGUUGCUGUUUUUGUGACUAGAAUAAUCAGCAGUAUGUAUGUUGUGAUUGAGAGAGACUGGAAUGGACAUGUAUUGUGCAGAGGGAAGUAUCUGGAAAUCUCCCCUGAAGUUUUUUUUUUUUUUUUUUUUUUAUUUUUUUUUUUGGGGCAGUGAAAUUUUUCAGGCUUUUUUUUGUAUCAUCACCACCCAUCACUGCCUCCUCUGGGGCAGUACAUGUAAUGCUGAAUUGGACUAUACCAAGGGUGUUGUAGCAAAGCUGGUCAAAAGGGAUUGGAGCCACCUCAGUUGUAAACAAAUUUACACACGGUUUCUGCCUGAAACUGCAGCUAAAGUGAUUUGUCAUUCCCAUUUUCAGUAAAAGUAGCACCAGUAGUGACCAUAGGCAGUUGGAGGGGUGGUAACACAUGGUGCAUGGCUGUUUGGACAGAGGCCUUUUCCAAGAGUCCAUGUGGUGGUGCUCUUGCUACAACUUAUGUAUAGCGCAAGCACUGCAAAGGCUGUACUCUCCAAAGGAGACCAGCACCAAUGUAAGCUCAGUCAGUCAGGCAACAGCACUCCCACCAUAUUGCCAUCUUGCACCAUCUCAGUGCCCUAGCAGGAAUGUGCCAUAGGGUUACUAGUUCAUACCCACCCUCUAAACUCUACAUGCUAAGUGAAAGCAUUGACUCCUGUAAAUUUCUGUCUACAUAGCUAAUCUGAUCCUCUUUGGUUUGUCCAUUUAGUUCCUAAUUUUUGGGUAUCCUAACGAUUGUGCAACUGAAAUAUCUGCACUUGUGCCAUGUCUUCUCUCUCCCCCCAAUACUGACCACCCCUCAGGGCCUCCACUUGCAAUUUCUUUUUGCAUUGGUUUGUUGGAUUAUGCAUUAAAUGAGUGAUGCAAAUUUCUAGAGGGCAGCUCUUUGGGCAAAAAUGUUUUUAAAAGGGAGUGUCUACCUGUGAUUGGUAGAUCAAGUAUAUGUUGUCCCAGCCUUGCCUUGUUUUGGCAGUAGGGGUUGCAUGGUGCCACUGCUGACCCUUCUUUCUCUUUUGAAAAACUAGAUGUUCAAACUGGCUAGAAUUACCGUAUUUCCACCUGCUCAUUCUGGUCCCUCAAAUCCAGCAAUAUGCAAUUCCUAGUCUGUUUUAGUAGGUCUCAUUUAAAACAUGUGAAAGUUGCUCUCCCCCCACAUUCAUUUUGACAUUAACAGUAUUAUAGUGCUUCUGUUUAUAUUUUAUUAAACUAAAUCGUGCCUUUUAUUUUCUUACAUUUACAUACAUUACAUGGUUGUUGGUAACUGGAUAACUGAUGUACAGUGCAAAUAAAAACAUUAACUUUUG